AAAAUUCUCAUAUACUCUUUGGUUUAGGGAUUGAUGUUCGCUUGUAUUUUUCUAAUAAACGUUUUAACUUAUAUACUCUUUGAAAAAUAAGUUUGAGCGGUAAAAUGAUUACAGAAAGUGUUUUUGAUGCGUGAUAAUAUUAUAAUAAUUUCAAAAUGAUGGAUUUAAAAGCAUGUGCAAUAUGUUUGACUACGGACACGGACUCCAUUGACGUGAAAUUUUAUGAAAUGGAUGUCGGUUUAAGAGUCGAAUACAACAUAGUAUCAGGAUUACGAACAUGUAAAGGAGAUGGCUUUCCUGGGUACCUUUGUUACGAGUGUUUCGCCUACGUAAAGCGUUUCAUGAAAUUUAGAAAUAAAUGCCAGAGAACCCAUUAUGCUCUCAAGCAACUUCUUGACAACAGAAAACAAGUAACAAAAGCCACUAUUGAGGCCAUUGAUCGUAAGUUAUUAAAUGUUGAGCCAUCUCUAUCUUACUUAGAGAGUAACAGAACACAUUAUGAGCAAGUAAAAUUUCGAUGGGUAAAACACAACCGCUUUAGUGAUGUAAAAGGUGAAGUACCAAUCAUGCAUCACAGUACAACAGAUACGGUGAAAUUUGAAAUACCCAAAAAUGAUGCUAUUAAAACCGAAGUAGAGGAAGAAAGGAUUGAGCAAGAUGUUAGUAUGGAGUCAGAUAAUAUUAAGGAAUCUGACGAUUUAAACCAGACUUUACAGCAAGAAGGAGAGUAUUUAAACGAUGAAAAUGUAUACCAAGAGUACUACGCUAGUAACCAAGAAAGUGAUAAUAAUGAGUAUGUUGAAGAGGUCAUAGACAAUGUUGAAAUAAAAAAGGAGAAUGAAGAUGUAGACGGUUGUAAUCUGGACGAGGAGUAUGCUACUGUUGUACCAAUAACUAUGAAAGAAGCAAAGGCUGUUGUGGAAGUUUACAAAAUGUUUGGUUUUGGAAGAUAUUCUUGUCUUGUAUGCAGAAAAGCAUUCUUUAAUGAGAAGAGACUGCUGGUACAUACGAGAAUGCAUGAUAAGCAUACAAAUGGUAACUAUUGCUGCAAGUUAUGUGAUUAUUACUAUAAAACUGAAUUUCUUUUAAAAACUCAUAUGACUGAAAAACAUAUGUACAAAUAUAUAUGUAGAAAAUGUCCUGAAGUUAGUUUUGAUAGAACCUCAGCAAAGCAACAUUUCAUUUGGUCGCAUCUACAAAAGGGAAAUUCAAAAGACUUCAACUGGUAUGAAACUCGACCUACAUGGUUGAGUAACCGAGGAGGGAAGAGACAAAAGGGUGUGGUCUCACUCCGUCCAGUACGGAGAAUCACAAAGUUACCCGAUGACUUCUUGGUGUAUACUCCUGUGGCUCACGAAGAGCAGUACCAAAUUGUAGAAGCGAGACAAACAAGUAUGAAUUAUGUGGAAGCAAAAUUCAAGUGUAAUUUGUGCUAUAAAGGCUUCCGUGAGAUUGUUACAUACAAUAAACAUAUGAAGAAACAUAAUCCGGCUUUCUCCGGAGACUACCAAUGCGAUGUAUGCAAACUCUACUUCAAAGAUUUAAGGAAGAUGUACAAACAUAUGAACAUUACUCAUUUGUACAAAUAUUCUUGUCAAAUGUGCAGCUAUGUAUGCUAUAACAAGGGUCAAGCGCACUUGCAUUACAAAUGGCAUAAGAAUGUCACAUACAAAUGUCAACACUGCGACAAAGUAUUCAAGAAAUCAUCAACACGUCUAACACAUAUAAGGAUAAAGCAUCCAUCGACCAAUAUAUGUGAAUUGUGCGGACACAGCUUUGUCAGCGAGACUGGAUUGUAUUGUCAUAAGAGAAUAACUCAUAGUAAUGAGGAAAUUGAAGUGAAUGAAGAGGUAAAGAUGGAUGUGAAUAAUCCAUUGUACUGUGCGGAGUGUAACAUCUGCUUCAAGAACCAAGACGCCUUCACCACACAUUUUGGUAGCUCCAAGAAUCAUUCCACUACUAAUUUGUCAAUCACUCAGAAUGGCGAGGCUAAGAAACGUCGUGUGACGCGACGUGACUCCUCUGUCAUCAUCAACAAUGGUCUGCCCACCGUCACCAGAUGUGAAGUUUGCGGCGUGUGCCUGCACAACGACGUGGCUGCGCGCAAGCACUACGAGGCGCAGCAUCCCGGCGUCGACUACCUCAAGCGUUACAUGUGCGACGUCUGCGGACACAAGACUAGGCAAUACGCGAACCUGAUGGUGCACAUGCGCGUGCAUACAAACGAGAAGCCGUACCAAUGUCCGCACUGCGACAGACGCUUCAGCAUGCCCAGCAACAGGGACAGGCAUCUUGUUGUGCAUACCGGUGAGAAGCGCUACCAAUGUCAGUUAUGCAGCCGACGCUUCACACAGAGCAGUGCUGUCAAACUGCACAUACAGACUGUACAUCUCAAGAUACCUUACGCACCGUGGGACAAGAAGAACAGGAAGCGACGCCGUGAGAUGGAGGCGCCUACAUUGCCGGUCUCCGCGCCUGUCCCGCAGAAAGUGGAGCUCGACAAUGUUGAUUAUUUGCACGCUUAUAUCUCUUAUAAUGAUGAAUAACUUUGUAUUACCAUCAUCUUACAAUUGCCGUUAGAAUGAAAAUUAUUAAAAUGUCUAUGUUUAUGUCCCCUCACUAAUUAUUCUGACGCUAGAGUUAGCAACUAAAGCACGCCAUUCACAUCAAAGCUACUAAAUAAUAAUGUCUAAAGGUACUAAUAUUAUAAAUGCGAGU